GGGUGCUGCACUUUGGAUAAUGAAGGAAGUGACGAAUCCGCAUUACUAGGAGAGAGAGAGAGAGAGAGAGAGAGAGAGAGAGAGAGAGAGAGAGAGAGAGAGAGAGAGAGAAGAAAAACUCAAGAGCAGAAAAAACAGAAACUAAGACAGAAGUCAGCGUGAAGAGCUGAAUGAAGGCACUCGUCAGUAGAGGCAUGAACACGAGUCAGCGUGAGCUCCCGAAUCAAAGUUCCCUCAAUGAGAGGCGCGAGGCGAGUGAAAACAGCAGAUUACUCCGUGCGUGACGCUCCGUACUCCACUCUCCCCAAUGUUUAUUUACCAGACGUGAGGAGGCUCUAGACCGGCUUUAAAAUACUUUAUGAAUUCGUUGGUGUAUCCAGCUUCCACAAAAUAUGGGUGAAGUUGUGUAAGUGGAGCCGCUGUGAUGUUUUGAGGGGGUCUCGUGGAAUGAGUCGACUGUUAUUCCCGUGGAUAGUGCUUCUGAACUCGCGCUUUGGGUUUUAGGAUCAUCUGGAAUGUUUGCGUGGUGGAUUUGGUCGGGUUCAGUUCGGUUAACUCUUGUGGUUUUAGUGCUCACGGUGUUGUCGGUAGCUCGCGGGUCUGCGUCUGAGCUGAAGGUGAGGGUCCGCUUGACCGAUGGACAGAUCACGGAUGAACUUCUGGAGGCGGACAGCGAGAAGGACUCCAUCACCGUGGAGUUUAAACAGGGGGACGGGACUCUGAUCACUUUUGUGGCCGAUUUCAAGCAGGAUGUGAAGAUUUUCCGAGCGCUGAUUCUGGGAGAAUUGGAGAGAGGGCAGAGCCAGUACCAAGCGCUCUGCUUCAUCACACGGCUCAACCACAAUGAGAUCAUCCCCAGUGAAUCCAUGGCCAGACUGAGACAGAAAAAUCCCCAGGCCAUCCGCACAGCAGAGGAGAAGAGAGGCACUGAGAUGCUGAGCAUGAACGUAGCGGUCAAUUUGACACGGACCUGGCAGCUGAGUGCCCACAUCCACAACAUGUGCAGCGUGGCCCAUGAGGCCGUGUACACGCGCGAGGCUGAUGUCAGACACUGGCUGGACCGAGGCAUGGAGAGCUCUAUGUUCGAGCCUCAGGCAGUGGAGAUGACUGGCCUGCAGAGCUGCGGGACGGUGAAGGACCUGUGGCAGCCCUGCUCCUGCAGCUACAACCUCAGACUGGAGUGGUACCCAUGCUUGCUAAAAUACUGUCGCAACCGGGAUGUCUCCGGCAGGGGCAGCCCAUACAAAUGUGGCAUCAAGAGCUGCAGCAAAGGCUACCAGUUUACGUACUAUGUGCCACACAAACAGCUGUGCCUAUGGGAGGAAGAGACCUAGAACCACAUGUGCUUCACAAAAAAUAUAUAUAUUUAAUGUGACCUUCACCUCCAAGCCUUCAGACUCGUGCCUUUUGCGCAGAGCAGUUCAAUAACGAAACUAUGCUGGAUAAGAGUAUGGAUGUAGGGCCAAUUUUUUGUUUUUUUUAGCCUGGCUGUGCGUUUUCAGCUGGUCGGCAGUUUUAAAGCUCUUCCUGCUUUUAACGGCACCGUGGAAUGAGUUCUUUUGACUCAAAGUGAGUUUGGGAUGAGCGACCUGUGAAUUAGUCAGUAUAUAAGAAGAUAUGAUAGCUGGAUCUCGUCAGGUUGAGUUUUUAAUUUGUUUCCCAAAACUUGUAUUAUUUAUUUUUGCAGUGGGAAAUGAUUGAAGCACAGCGCACAUGUUCAGAGAAAUUGUAUUUUCUCCUUUUUUUUACUCUGAUUCAAAGCACUGUAUUGAAUUCAUGGUGGACGGACGUGCUUUGCUUAAUGGUACAUAAGUCGUGAGUCAUUGUCCAUUUCAUACAUAGAGAUUCAGCCACCUCAAGUCUUAAUGCUGCCAACAGUUUGAGAUUGUUUAAGAGUACGUGUGUGUGCGUGCAUGUUUUUAUUUUAUAUGGAUGGAUUUGCCUUCAUUACAUUGCACAACGGUUUCAUUUAAAAGGUUAAUUCAUCCUACAUUUAAAA